GGCUCCUUGGGGUUCAUUGGGGUUCAUUGGGGUCCCGCCCCCGUGGCUGAGCCCCCGCACGCCCUCGUGUCCCCCCAGAUCACGAGCGCCUUCGACAUGGAGGCCGUGACCUUCAAGAAGCUGGUGAAGGGCCACGCCUACUCCGUGACCGGCGCCAAACAGAUCAACUACCGCGGGCAGUCCCUGGGCCUGAUCCGGAUGCGGAACCCCUGGGGGGAGGUGGAGUGGACGGGGCCCUGGAGCGACAGCUCGCCCGAGUGGCACGCGGUGGAGCCGGCGCUGCGCCAGCAGCUCAUGGUCAAGAUGGAGGACGGGGAGUUCUGGAUGUCCUUCCGGGAUUUCCUGCGGGAAUUCACCCGCCUGGAGAUCUGCAACCUGACCCCGGACGCGCUGCAGGCCCGCAAGUUCCGCAAGUGGAACACGCGGCUCUACGACGGGACGUGGCGGCGCGGCAGCACCGCCGGCGGCUGCAGGAACUACCCCGCCACGUUCUGGAUCAACCCGCAGUUCAAGAUCCAGCUGGAGGAGGUGGACGACGACGGGGACGAGGCCGGCGGGCGCGAGCCCGGCUGCAGCUUCCUGCUGGCGCUGAUGCAGAAGGACCGGCGCCGCCAGCGCCGCUACGGCAAGGACAUGGAGACCAUCGGCUUCGCCGUCUACGAGGUCCCUCCCGAGCACGUGGGGCAGUCGGGGGUGCACCUGAAGCGGGAGUUCUUCUUGGCCAACGCGUCGCGCGCCCGCUCCGAGCAGUUCAUCAACCUGCGCGAGGUGAGCACGCGGCUGCGGCUCCCGCCCGGCGAGUACAUCGUGGUGCCCUCCACCUUCGAGCCCAACCGAGAGGGCGACUUCGUGCUCCGCUUCUUCUCCGAGAAAAAGGCCGGAACUGAGGAGAUGGACGACAAGAUCCAGGCCACGCUCCCGGACGAGAAAGUGCUGUCGGAGAGCGAGAUCGACGAGAACUUCAAGCAGCUCUUCAAGCAGCUGGCGGGGCCGGACAUGGAGAUCAGCGUCCAGGAGCUUCAGACCAUCCUCAACCGCAUCAUCGCCAAACGUGAGCCCCAGGAACCCCCCCAACCCCGAUUAAUUAACCCCAAUUAGCCCCAAUUAAUUAACCCC